UACUAAUAGUUUCAUUCAUUGUCACGUUAAUGGCAUAUAAAACAAGAGAAACUGAAUUGCCAAAGAUAUGUAAUAUAUAUGGAAUGAAAAGGGAAUAGAUGAACGUUUAAAAGAUAUAUUUGAAUUACUAUCUAUCUUCUAUCGUGUACACUUUAUUAUAUUCUACUUUAAUUUCCAGAAGAUCUACCAUGGCAGACAUAGAGAUGGCUCCUCUGUUAAGAGAUCAAAAUGCGGUGGAGGAAGGCGGAGAUAUAUGGAUAGAGACGAAGAAGCUAUGGAGUAUUGUUGGACCGGCAAUAUUCACAAGAGUCGCGAUAUAUUUAUUCUUUCUCAUCACUCAGUCGUUCGCGGGCCAUCUUGGCGAGCUCGAACUCGCUGCCAUCUCCAUCGUCAUCAACUUCAUCAUCGGCUUCACCUACGGCCUUCUGCCCCGAUUCUUAAGUUUCUUGGCCAGCCAGAAGACAUCGCCCAGCUCUCUGGUACUGCCGCUGUUUUGGCCAUUCCUCUCCAUUUUGCAUUUGUCUUCGUGUGCCCUAUCAACCGAUUUCUCCAAUGCCAGCUCAAGAAUGAAGUGCUAGCAAUAACGGCUGGAGCGACACUUGUAGUUCACAUAUUUGUGUCCUGGCUUUUUGUGUACGGUCUUAAGCUUGGAUUCAUAUGGACCAUGAUUACUUUUACUUUGUCAUGGUGGCUCAAUGCCAUCAUCUUGUUUGUUUACAUCGUAUGGGGAGGUUGUCCGCUCGCUUGGACCGGUUUCUCCAUGGAAGCUUUCAUGGGACUAUGGGAAUACGCUAAGCUCUCUGCCUCCUCCGGAAUCAUGCUGUGCUUGGAGUUUUGGUAUUAUAGGAUUUUAAUUCUGAUGACUGGAAAUUUGGAGGAUGCAAAAACUGCUGUUGACUCUUUGUCUAUAUGCAUGUCGAUAAAUGGUUUGGAGAUGAUGAUUCCACUUGCUUUCUUCGCCGGGGCCGGGUAACUAAUCAAUCAUAUUUUAUAUAUAUGUGUGUGUGUGUGUGUGUUUGAUUUAGUAAUUUGGUUUAUAUUACCAUGCAUGAUUCCAUCUAGCUACAAAAACUUUUCAUUUAAUACAGUAGACAAGGAGAGAUGUGCAAACAAAAGAAUAAUAUUUUUGUAACGUGGAAUUAUGCUAACGGUUUGGUCUAGCCAUGAUGGAAACCAUUAGUUUGAAUAAAGUAAAUUAAAAGGAUUCCGCCACUGUUUGAUAGAGCCACAGAAACAUCACGAUGUAAGCGGAAAUGAAGUUUACGGCAUUUUCCUUUGUUCAUGCAUAUCAUCAUGCAUCAGCAAUCUUUCUUGAAAUA